AACACCUCUUUCUUAAAUAAAAGGGAGAAAACCCCUCAGUCGUCGGAUUAAGCGCAUAGCAAUCAGAUCCAUCGGCGCCGGCAGUGACUCAAUCCCGGUCCCUGACAAAUUACGAGUAAAAUUCAAAUUCCCCCUCCAUCUCAUCUCAUCCUCCACCGUUUCCCUCGCCUCGAAUUCUGCUCGCUUAGACGUGGCAGGCGCUCGCGGUCAAGAAGGACAAAAAGCACCGACUGAGAAACCCAAGGCCGGAGAAGGAAGGAAAGGAAGACGAAAUACGACAGAGUCUACCGCUUCUCUAUCUCUCUUCGCAAGUCCGUGAAAUUGGACUCAAGUGCACACGUAAAGACACUUGGUUUUGGUUUUGAUCACCAGUGAAGAGGAAAGAAGCGACAGAAGCCGAGACAGUUCUCUCUCUGCAGAUUUUAGACAAGUACUUGAAGAAGGGGACUUAAAAGAAAGGAAUGGCGAUUGUGGAUGAUGAUGAAGAUAUGAUGAGGAAGGACUCGUCGCACAAGUGGUGGUGGAUUGACAGUAGUCACUCUGCCUCCCCUCGCUCUCCAUGGCUACACUCUACUCUUUCUGAACUAAACAGGAAAACAAAGGCAAUGAUGAAAUUGAUCGAGACAGAAGCAGAUUCAUUUGCACAGCGGGCAGAGAUGUACUAUAAGAAGAGGCCGGAGCUCAUCAACAUGGUCCAGGACUCUUACAAGGCGCAACGUUCGUUACUGGAGCAGUUCGAUCAACUCCAAUCCGAGAACAGAACUCGACUUCCCCGCCUAUCGUUGUCUCCAACAUCAUCUUCAGUUUCAGACCACUAUUACGACCGUGGUGGGAAAAGGUCGACAACCAUGAGUUUGAGCUCGGAUGAUGAUCAUCGCGAGCCUUUCGACUGCAAAUCAACCAUCAGUAGUGGGAUGGGUGAUCAAGAUCAAGAUCAAAUUCAAACCUACGACUGCUGCAAACAAUCUACCUCUAGCAGCCACUCCGAGUUAUUCCACGAUGGCGUUGUUGUGGAGGACUCCGACUCCGGUGCUGAAUCUGAAGUCGACGAUCCUGUUGUUGAGGACGAAGCUAUUUCUGCAAACACCGGAUUCGCAGCCCAAGUAGAAAAUGUGGAGAGGGAAUAUGAUGAAGUGGUGAAGAAGUUGAAGGAAGAGGUUGAACAGGUGAAGGAGGAGAACAGGUUACUGAAGGGACAGCUGUGGCAGAAAGAUGAGGAGAAAAGAGAGGUGAUCAGACAGCUGAGUUCAGCCAACGCGAAGAGGGAAUAUGAUGAAGUGGAGAAGAAGUUGAACUUGAAAUCAGAAGUUGAAGAGCUGAAGGAGGAGAACAGGUUACAGAAGGAGCAGCUGUCGCAGAAAGACGAGGAGAAAAGGGAGGUAAUCAGGCAGCUGAGUUCAGCCAUGGAGAUACUGAGGCUUGAGAAUGCAGAAGCCAGGAAGCUGAAGAAGAAAAAGAAGCAGCAGCAGAACAACAUGGCAGAAGAGCGUUCCUCGGAGAAAAGGAGCCACCAUAGGGUUUCUUUUGAGCUUGAGAAACUGAAAGACUCAAUCUUUACCAAGCUUUUCCAGGGGUCUCCAAUCUCCAAGGGUAGAGUUACGGUUCUGUAGAAUCCAACUAAUUUGGGAUGAAGAGAUGUUCUUUGUUAUGCAGCAGCUGAGAGUUGUGGAGUAUGUUUAGUAGAUUGUAGACAAAUCUAGAUCCUAGAAUAUAGAUUUGUAAAUGGGGGAGGGGUGUUGUCUUGUAACCAUAAUGUUGUAAUGUGUAGUAGUUUCUAAAACCCAUAUACAGGUUUAAGUAAUUUGCAGAAGACACUAAUAAAAGUAGUUACCAGCUGUUUUUUGUUCGAUCUU